UGAGUGUCUGAGCAGCUGUAGGACAGAAAACAGCUGUGGGAAGAGAGUGGAUGAUGACCAGCGGUUACUGAUGUAGGACUUUAUGUAGGAGUUUAUUCCCAGCAAACAGGAUCUAUUUCAGGUGGAAUAUUUUUCACCACUUAAUUUAACUAUAGCUGUUGUCAUUGCUAUUACAAGAGCAGGUAGUGUGGAUGGAGUUGUGUAAACUUUCCAGUGCAACGUCAUCUUUGAAAGCAAUCCUAUUACGGUCAAACAUGAAUCUUUGAGUCUUCAAACACUGACAACGCUGCAGCAGCGAGCCACCAUGAACGCCUCGGCCUCUUCGUCCCUCAAUGGCACCCCGCUCUGCUACUCCAUCAACAGUCCCCCUUUUAACUACCACCCCACCAUUGCCUCAGCCAACUUCUCAAUCAUCUUUGGAACUCUGGGAGUCGCUUCCAAUCUAAUUGCAUUUAUAGUUCUCAUCAAAUCCUUCCGGCGAACGCAGAGCCGCUCACGGUCCUUCUUCCUUAUCUUCCUGGGGGGACUGGUGAUCACUGACUUCAUGGGUCUUCUAGUCACAGCCUCCAUCGUCAUUUCCUUUCACGUGACACACUUUAACUGGCGGGAGUUGGACCCCCACUGCCAUUUCUGCAACUUUAUGGGAAUGUCCAUGGUCUUUUACGGACUGUGCCCACUAUUGCUUGGUGCCGCAAUGGCUGUGGAGCGCUUCAUUGGCAUCAACCGUCCAUUUGCACGCUCCACCAGCAUGCCCAAGACCCGAACAAUCUCCAUGGUGCUGAUGGUGUGGUUGAUUGCAGGCUGCAUAACUUUACUUCCCCUAAUGGGCAUUGGGAGUUACCACAUGCAGAUGCCAGGCUCCUGGUGUUUUUUCAACAUAAGCGCCGAUGGAACUGACCUGGCCUUCUCGUUGUUGUUCUCACUGGUCGGGCUGAUAUCCAUCACUGUGUCAUUUUUGUUGAACACAGUGAGCGUGGUAACCUUAAUCAAAGUGUGCUGUGGACAGGAUAGGACACAACGUCGGCGAGAUCAUGAAAUUGAGAUGAUGGUGCAGCUCAUCCUGAUCAUGGUCAUUGCUUCAAUCUGCUGGUGUCCCCUCCUGGUCUUUAUUGCACAAACUGUGCUCUCCGGAAGUCGCCUCCAGAUCAGGUACCUAUUGCUAUGGAUACGCUUCGCCACCUGGAACCAGAUCCUGGACCCGUGGGUAUACAUCCUGUUUCGCAGGGCAGUUCUUAGGAGAAUCCACCCCCGCCUCGACUGGUCCCGGGGCUCCAUCAUGACCUUGUACCCGUCCUUCAGCGACACCGUCCGCAGAUUCACACGUCCCUCACUUGGGAGCGCCCUCAGCCAGGACGACUCAGGGGAAACUGAAAAGUCAAACGCAACAUCACCAUCUACCCUGAAGCCCCGUUCUCCUUCUCAGUAAUUUGAAAUCAGAUGCCCCUGUUACUUUUAAAAGGAGUAAAGUGGUAUUACAUUAUGUGUCUGACUGUGCUCUAUGAUGACUUUCAAUACUGACAGGAUAAAAUGAGGAGGAUUACACCAUCAGUUUGGACUUUGUUUUGUCAAAGCAUGUUAUCCUAAUGUUUCGCAUGAUUGGCAAUAACAAAAAGAAACAAGGAAAGAGCUGACAUUUGAUUGGUAAUUGAUUCCUAAUAGAUAGUUACAUCCAAAACAUUUCCAAGAGGCUUCAUAUAUUAAUAUAUACACAGCACUAACAUCACCAACAGAUUUAGCCCUAUUUCCAUGUACAGCUCUUUUUGCAUGCAUUAUUCCAUCCAGUGAUAUUUCAGAUAUUUUAUUAUAGUGAAUAAGUGCACUUUAAGUUCAAUCAAGUAAAUGUUAUCGUCUGAAAAA